AUGUUGAAAGCUGCCUUUAUCACGGCCCUAGUGGCUCUCACUACGUCUGCCAGCGCAUGGCUCCCUAAUACCGAACCUCAUGCCAUGAACGAGCGUGACAAUGGGAUCUUUGUAUAUCCUCUUCGAACAGAUCCGAACAACAAAAGGUGGCUCCCAGCGACCAAAAAGAUCCGAGGAGUAAACCUCGGGUCCCUCUUCAUCUAUGAGCCCUGGAUCGAUAGCCAAGAAUGGGCCAACACAGGUUGCGAGGGAGAAAAGUCCGAAUUUGAUUGUGUCAUGAACAAAGGACAAGAUGUUGCAGACAAGAACUUCCAAGCUCAUUGGAAACGCUGGAUUAAUCAAACUGAUCUCGACGAGAUGUUGAGUUAUGGUCUCAACACUAUUCGCGUGCCUCUAGGAUAUUGGCUAAAGGAAGACCUUGUUGAUAAUUCAGAGCACUUCCCCAAGCCAUUUACGGGUCAAUAUGCUCCUACAAGCGGGUUCUACAGCGGCUAUAACUAUGAUCGCGCGAUUGAAUGGCUCGAGUGGAUGGCCGACAUAAUCCACACCAAGAAAGAGUAUCGCAAUGUUGGCAUGCUUGAGCUCGUCAAUGAGCCGCUCAACUGGGACAAGGCCGUUGAUUCCUUGCGAAAGACGUAUUACCCCGAGGCCUACAGUGCAAUUCGCAAUGUCGAGGAUAAACUCAAAGUCACCAGCAAGGACCGCCUUCAUAUCCAAAUGAUGGGCUCUCUAUGGGGUAGCGGGAAGCCAACCGAGUUCCUCGGUGAUACCUCAUUCACGGCUUUCGACGACCAUCGGUACCUCAAGUGGGAUACUAGUGUUGAGGUUUCCCAUGGAGCAUACAUCAAGAAAUCGUGUUCCGAUGAUCGCAACACUGACGGCCCCACAAUCGUCGGCGAAUGGUCACUAGCUGUGCCCGACGAUGCUGAGAAGACUGAUGCUUGGAAUCCUCAGACUCAGAAGGAGUUUUACACCAAGUGGUUCUCUGCUCAGGUGCAUGCAUAUGAAAAGCAUACUCUCGGAUGGGUCUUUUGGACUUGGAAGGCAAAUCUUGGUGACGACUAUCGUUGGUCUUAUAGAGGUGAGCUCUAA